CAAAUAAAAUUCCAAGAAAUCCUCAUCAACCUCUCUUAUAUAUUCUAAAGUUUAUAUGCAAAUCUUGAAACCCCUUUUCCACAAACUUCAUUUCCUUUAGGCUUACCACAGGCCAUAGAUUAAAGAAUCAAAAACCAUGGUUUUAACCUUUCAAAGUGAGCUUCCAUUCAAUGAGAAUGACUCACAAGACAUGUUCAUAUAUCAAAUGAUAAACGAAGUCACAGCACCCAAUAGUUCAUGCAUGCCGCCAAGAAGCCAAAUCAACACAUCAAACAUGUUCCAACCAGCGAAGACCAUUGCCAAGAAGCACUAUAGGGGUGUGAGGCAUCGUCCUUGGGGCAAAUACGCAGCCGAAAUUCGAGACUCCGCAAGACAUGGUGCUCGUGUAUGGCUAGGCACGUUCGAGACGGCAGAGGAGGCUGCUUUAGCUUAUGAUAGGGCGGCUUUUAGAAUGCGCGGCUCCAAGGCCCUCUUCAAUUUCCCAUUGGAAGUGGUGGCAGCUGCAACAAACCCACAUAAACUUAAGCCAAAUUCCAGUAGAAAUAACUUGGAAGAGAUUAUUGGCUCUAGCACUGGGACAUCACAAUCGGAGUCGGAGAGCAGCACAACGGGGAGGUCCUGAGAUGUGGGAUCUGACAUUUUGCUUAGAAUUUGUUGAUGAGAUGGUCUUUGUCUGCACAAGGAAACAUCAAAAUCCUAUCAUGUUAUUAUGCUACGUUUAAAAUAUUUUUGUGCUCGUUUCGGUACUUGACGAGGAAAUUUUUACUAGGACAUCAUGAAUUUAAAAUAUAAAUAUAUAUUUAAUAAAUAA